AGACGCCCAUGCGCGAACACGAUGCGCAUAAAACCUCAAAACAAACGAGUCAGCUGAGCGAUUGAUGUUUGCUGCUGCAAGGUGUGUUGUGUUAUUGUUGUUUUCGUCGUCAUCGUUGUCGUCGGCAGUACCCACCAUACGAUCAUUUUUCAAUCAUUUUCUGUUUUUUCACGUGGAAGACCGAUUGUUCUCAACCAAUUUCGUUUUCCAAAAAUCGUUGAAUAGCCGGGUCAAUUGUGUUUUAGUGAAGUGUAAACGUUCAAUAUCAUCCAUUGGAUAAAAGGGUGAUAAUUUAAGGUUAGGCAAAGAAUUUAACUCAUCUCGUAUAUUGACGUUCACGUUACUGAUAACAUUGGCUCAAUAGCUAGAUAACUCCGACAGCCUUUGGUAUUUCAUUUUGGCAGUGACAAAAUUUAUUUGGAAUUAUUUAUUUGUAUUCUUAUUACACUACGCAGUGCUUUUAUCGAUGGUGACGAACGAUUAAUGCAAUUUAAUGCACUUUUUUACAACAAUCGGAGGAUAAAGAUAAGUACUUGAAAGAGCCAAAUUCAUGUGAAUAGUAAAAAUGGGCAACUCAAAUUUAAAACCCCGCUUCGAAGUCGCCGAGAGAACAAACACUAUCAAUUUAUCUGGCUGCAAACUUAACGAAUUUCCGCCGCAACUGAUUAGACUAGCCGAGCUACUGCGAAGUCUUGAUAUUUCAAAUAAUGGCUUUUCUAAAAUACCAGAAGAAAUAGCUAAAUUUAAAUUGUUAAAACACUUUGACGUCAGUGGGAAUAAAUUGACUUAUCUUAAUGAAUCGAUUGGUAUGCUGGAAAAGCUCGAAACCCUUAAUGCUAGCUCAAACAGAAUCAAUCAUUUAUAUCCCACGCUUUCCAACUUGACAAAUUUGAAGAAGGUGGACUUGUCACACAAUCAAUUGGGAAAAUUCCCAUUGAUGCUAUGUGGUCUCAAACAUUUGGAUGUUCUCGAUCUAUCGCACAAUCGACUAACGGAUGUUCCGAAGGGUGUUAAUUUGCUACACGUUACUGAGUUGAAUUUGAAUCAAAAUCAAAUAGCCGAGGUUUCGGAGGAUUUAGCUGACUGUCCAAGACUGAAAACUCUAAGACUGGAGGAAAACUGUCUGCCUUUGAAAGGCAUUCCUAAAAGAAUCCUAACGGACUCAAAAAUAUCGAUGCUGGCCCUCGAGGGUAAUCUAUUUGAAAUGAAACUAUUUCCUGACGUUGAAGGCUACGAACAGUAUAUGGAAAGGUACACCGCCGUCAAGAAAAAAAUGUUCUAAGAAACAAAUAUUUUUAGAUGAAAUAUUAUUUUAUUUUCAUAAUGAAAUUUACAAAUUUUAUUUUGAAAUCAAAGUCUUUUGCACCGUUAAAAUUUUUACGCACCACAACAACGUCUUUGUAAAUUUUACUGUUUGAUAUUUAUUUAAAGUUUAUUAUACUCGUUUUUAUUGCUUAUCGAACGACUUGAAUCGUGGACCAGCCAAUUUGAAAAAUAAUAUAUUUAAAAAACUUAAAAAUUUUCUAAUACUGGAUGUUUUUUACCGAUCUCGAUGUACCGUGUUACUGAUAUCACGAAUAAAAAAUCGACAAUAUUGAGAGCUAUUUAUUAUUGAAUAUGUAAAGUGAAGAUAUUGCACAAUAUUUAAAAGCAACCGGUCGGUCAAAAUUAAAUUUUGAUGUUCUUGUACAUAAUUCCUAUUGUCUUUUAUAAAUUUAUGUAUAAAUGUGUAUAAUAAAUAUAUCCCUAAACUAGUCUAACAA